UACCAAAAGAUUCCUGCAGCCGAGGCUUGACUUCAUCUGCUCAGAAUGAGCUUCUUUGGAAAACUCAAGAACCUGCACAGUGGACCUCCAGCCCCCCCUAGAAGGACAGAUAACAAUGCAGACUUUGGGUGGCCACAGGAUGAAUUUGUAAGUACAAAUUCUUCACAUCGGCAAAGGUUUCAUUGGUUUUUCAGUAGUUUCGUGGAUUAUGUUGUUCUCCAAACCACAGCCAUGCAUCACAGAACUGAUAACAUCCUCACUAUCCAUCUACUUAACAAUAAUGUUGUAAUUACUCCAUAUCUACACUCCAUGUUUCCACAGCUGAUCAUGAGAUAAGGUGGGAUACAAUCAAUCACCGUGCAAUAAUAAUGUGCCAGUUAUUGAACUGUUUCUGACCUAUCUGUCCUCGUGGCAGGACGAUGAUGAUGGUGACAUGUAUGAAGUCCCUCCAUGUCCGCCGGGUGUGAAUAUCCCGCAGAGACAAGUGGAGGAGAACCCAUACCUGGGGAGAAUGUCUGAAUGCGCUCAUCCAUCCAGACCAAGCAAACCCCCGAAACCUCAACCACGCAGCGAUUUCCCUUUUGAACCCAACACUAAAAAACCGCCGAAGAUUGACAGAAAUGAAAAGCCGGGGAGGAAGAAAGUCCCUCCUGUUCCAGUUCCUGUGUCUGAGGAAGAUGUUUACCUGGAUCCCAAUGUAGAAGAGGAAAACAACGAUGAUGUUUAUUUAGAGCCAACAGAAGCAUGUACUCCUCCCCCUCCUGGACCCAAGAGAAUGCCUCUGCCUCCUAAUACAACAGCUUUGUCUGCUCCUAAACCCAUAAUGAAGCCUCCAGUUCCCCGAGCUACGUCUAAUUCGUUCUUGCCAUCCACGAUGGACCUUAAAACAGCCCCUGCGGUACAAGAGAAACGAGCAGCUUUUCCCAUCAAACACCCUCCGGUGAUCAGCGUUAAGCCCGCUCUCUCUGCAAACCAGAGGGAAGUUAAACUCGGCAAUCCAAAUCCUCCUAUGCCAGACGCUAAGCCUGUGGUCUUCCCCAACGGUAUGAGGAUGACCAAACAAUCCGGAUAUGAGAACAGAGAGUGGUUUGCUGGAAACUGCAGCAGAAAAACAGCCGAGGAUCUCUUGGAGAAAGUCAACAAGGAUGGAGCUUUCCUCAUCCGACACAGCUCGGCCCAGAGCGUCCGCCAGCCGUACACCCUCGCUGUGCUCUACCAGCAGAAGGUGUACAACGUUCCCAUCCGCUUUCUGGAGGAUGCACAAGGCUACGCUCUCGGGAAAGAAGGGAAAAAGAGUGAAGAGAUUUUUCCCAGCCUGGAUGAGAUGGUUUCUCAUCAUGAAAUUAACCAACUGCUUCUGAUUGACAGCAAGAGCCAGGCCAAGCACACAGCACAUUUAAUUCACCCUGUGCGCCCUUAAAAAUACAACAUGACAAGUCUCUUCUACAUCAUGUUCCCAUGAAUCCUGAGUAAAAAUGAUGCUUUAGGGAGAUUUACUUGAGAGUGCAAUUACAACUUAAUGAAAACAGUCUUGGGGCAGUGUAAUAUUAAGUGGGGGGAAAAAAACAAUGCUGUGAGGGAUGCUGAAAAUGCUUGACACCAACCGCAUGACAUGUCAGAAACACUAUUUAACAAAGAGUCACACAGUGUUUUUAUGGGGAUGUUUUCUUGCCAUGUCUCAUAUUUGUCGUAAUUUUUACAUAUUGCACAAAGCUGACUGUCCUUUCACCUUGUUACACAAACAGGCAUCCAGUUUUCUUGUUUGGAUAAAGAAAUGGUUACUUUGCUGACGAUUCUAUUGAACUGACAUUAGAAAUGUAAACAAAACAGUAAACUUCUGCACGUUACGAUGUAUGAAACCAUUUUACUAUAACUUCAGCUGGCUGGUCGAGCCAUGGGGUGUGACAGAUGGAGAAUGUGAAGUAUGUUGAGACUGCUGAAGAGGUAAAAUGUGCAACAUACAUGAAGUCAUUUACAUUACUUUUUACUCUUUCUAAUCAAUAUCAACAUUAUGCACAUGACUUUAUUUACUAUGAUUGUGAAUAAAUGGUGUUCUCUAUUUCAUGUUGUAAAAAUUCAGCACAAGAAAGCACAAAAAAGAAAGGAUUUUAUUGUGUAUCCUCAUGAAUAUUUAGUCUUGUUUUAUUUUAUUCGGGGUUUCUGUGGUGUCUAAAGGAUUAAGUGCAUUAUGAGCGCUCCUCAUCAGGGAGGGUUACUGGGAGCUGUUUAUGUGUGGCUGUGGGCUGCCGGCCUGCAGCUGCUGACCAGACACUGGUGGUUACACCUGCUUCCUGUCAGGCUCAAACUGCCAUCUCUGUGACCCAAACCAUAAAUCCUGAGGCUUGAGCACCACCUGGCAGAAAAAUAAAUAUGUGAUAAUACUUGUGAAGGAAUAAAAACAUUAUCAUUAUCCAAUUCUGUGUGAAAUAAAUGUAACCUUUUGUGAUCACCUCACUGUACCUACACUUUAAAACUGUGCAUGGGAUCAUUAAGAAAAAAAUUAAUAAAACAAUC